AAUACAACACGAGGGGGAGGCUGAAUAUGACGAUUCUAUUUAAUCAUGGUAUCACUAGGGAGGGGAUGGGAAGAAAGUGUUAAGCGACCCGAAACAUAAACCAAGUCGGCAUUUGCGCUGCACGGGAACAAGUGAGCACGCCGUCCUCUGUGCACACUCACCCACCAGAGGCGGCCAGCCCAGCCGGGACCAUGAGCGAGCGUGGCCCUCGCACGGAGGCCUCCAUGUUUUUGGAGGUGGACCGCCUCGAGUGCGAUGACAACGAUGAAGACAAGAUGGCGCACUACGACGACGACAAAGACGACGCCGACCUGAUGUCGGCACCCUCGGGCUCCCGCGUCUACGACCGCACUACGGUGCUCAUCGAGCAGGACCCCAUCCGGCUGGACGAGGAGGGAGAGGAGGACCAUGGACACUGCGUGGGGGACGACGAUGGGGGCACUUUCCUAGUCGACGGGGACCUGGACGAGGAGGAGGAGGAGGAGGGCUCUAUGACCUUCAUGGGCGACCAGGACGGUAUGUCACAGGGAUACGUGCAUCACACCAUCUCGCCCGACCAGAUCCAGUUCAUCAUCAACCCGGGGUCCAUGGCCAUGCCACGCAACAUCGAGGGGGCCACCCUCACUCUGCACUCCGAGUGUCCAGAAACCAAGCAAAGGGAGGUGAAGCGGUACCAGUGCAUGUUUGAGGGCUGCACACGGACCUACAGCACGGCGGGCAACCUGCGCACGCACCAGAAGACCCACCGGGGCGAGUACACGUUUGUGUGCAACCAGUUAGGCUGCGGCAAGGCCUUCCUCACCUCCUACAGCCUGAAGAUCCACGUGCGCGUUCACACCAAGGAGAAGCCCUUUGAGUGCGACGUGCAGGGCUGCGAGAAGGCCUUCAACACCCUGUACAGACUGAAAGCACACCAGAGACUGCACACGGGGAAGACGUUCAACUGUGAAUCGGAGGGAUGCACAAAGUACUUUACCACACUCAGUGACCUGAGGAAGCACAUUCGCACUCAUACUGGGGAGAAACCAUUCCGGUGUGACCAUGAUGGUUGUGGCAAGGCGUUUGCUGCCAGCCAUCACCUAAAGACGCAUGUACGGACACACACAGGGGAGAAGCCUUUCAACUGUCCCAGCGACGGCUGUGAGAAAGCAUUCAGCAGCCAGUACAGUUUGAAGAGUCACGUCAGGGGCCAUGGGGCCAGGGGCCAGCCCUUCAGUGUCACCCUCACCCACCCCUUGUCCGAGGAUGCAAAUCAUUCACUGUGCCUCAGUGACUUGAGCCUCAUCUCGACUGACUCGGAGCUCAGAGAAAACAUCCACAAUUCUCAGAACUUGGACUUGAGCAGUGUUACCCCCGUGAGGAUCUUCGAGCUCAUGUUCCAGAGUCCGGAGAACAGUGUUAGUCAAGACGAUGCACAUCCUCACGAGAGCCUUGUUGAAGCCUUUGGCCAGGAGACUGGCCAGUCCACCAUGGGCGAUGGAUCCACCCCCAUCUCCUUCUCGUUCUCCCUCGUCCCUUCCUCCUCAUCCUCCUGUUCCCACUCCCACUCUCACCCUCACUCCCACACCACCACCACCACUGUCCUGGAGGCUUCCUCCCAGCUCCCUCUAAGCCAAACCCCCUCUUCCCAGACUCCAGCACCUCCUGCCCCCAUUAGUAAUAUUACCGCAGUCAGCUCCACCCAGCCCCCCGCCACCUUUGUACCCUUACCCACUGCCCUGCAGACGCCAGAUGUGCCUGCCCCCUACGUGGCACUGCCCGCCCAGACUGCUCCAAUAGUGCCCUCUACUGCGCCAGUAAUGGUGUCAGGCCCAGCCCUCGCCAACGCGGCUCUGGGCGCCGUUGUCACCGCCACAGAGACUGUGCCGCUGCCGGCCGUGGCUCACACUCACACUGUGCCUUUGGCCAGCAACACCAACCCUGCCCUGGUGCCCCCAGCCUCUGUCCCCACCUUCACCCCAAGCCACAGCCACACCCAGAGCCUGCUGCAGCCCAGCAUCGUCAUGUCCGACCAGAACCUGCAGUGGAUCCUUAACACCGCAGCCAACAACCAGCAGAACCCAGAGCAAGCGCCACACGGAGGUCCAAAAGUGGAGAAGGUCUUCUUUACCACAGCCAUACCAGUGGGAGGAAAUUCAGGCAACUCUGUCCAGCAGAUCGGCCUCAGCCUUCCCGUCAUCAUCAUCAAACAGGAGGAGUCCUGCCAGUGCCAGUGUGCCUGCAGGGACUCUGCUAAAGACAAGAGCUCCAACAAGAGCAGCAACGCCUCGGCAGCACCACAACAACAGCCCGCAGUACCCCCCACUCCUCCACCUCCCCCCGCUCCCGUGGCACUGCCCUUUCCCCCCGUACUCCCCCCGGUGCCCUCUUUCCCCUUGUGCUGCCUCCCACCGCUCACCUCGGAAGUGAACGAGUCCCCGCCUCUUCCCCAAACAGGUGCAGUACUAGGACCGGAUAGCCCCUCGACCUCUGUACAGACGUUCUCCACAGGGGUGGCCACGGCGACCACCAACCCCCCUCCUAUCACGGAUGGUUUGGCCACCAUGGACGUGUCGGACUUCCUGUCCCUGCAGAGCCCCGAGAGCACGGCCAACAUCGAGGCUCUGCUACUGGUGACCAGCAGUGACGACUUCACUAUGGCUGGCGCUAGCACCACCAUCAACCCCUAGUGGACACUCAGGCUUCGUCCCUAUUCUCCACCCUUCUCUUGCAUACUCCCAGUCAUGGAUUUAAAAGCAUUGAGUUGGUGUAAGCGUUGAGCAAAGAGAGUUUCUACCAUUGUUAAGUUAAAGGGAGUGUGCAAAUGCACACUUUAGGAGAAGGAUGUAGAAUCAGGACGCAGCCGCACUUUCCGAUUUACCCACUACACGUCCGCUUUUCAAGUAUUGUAAGUGAAACUUAAUGAGGGGGCUUGUUUUGGAAAAGCAGCAAAAUGCAUGCCAGUCUAGAAAAGUGUUCUUAAUUGGCUGGCUCUCCAUCAAACAAGACAAGGUCUUGAAAGGCCCUAAGAACUAUUGUCUGCUUCUAAUAUGGCGUGAAGCUGAUUCCUGAGAGAAGCAAAACAAAACAUUGUUGUCUAUAUCCAUGUACUGUACAAUAGUUCCUAACUGUAACUAAUACGAUUAGUUGGUAAGUGAUUGACCAGAAUGCACUGCAUGUGAAGUGAAUUGGAAUUUCAUCAACUAUAUUUCCUACAAGGAAUUUGUGGCAGUUUUGCCAUUCCCUUAAAAGCAAUGUAUUGCUAAUGCCAUAAUGUGAAGAGUAAUUUCCAGUGUUUUACAUAAAUUAGCUAGUGUAGUCCAGAUUUUAGUUUUGUCUUUCGUCUUGCUUUGUUUGUUAGUUUUUGUCUUUCUUUACAGGUAUAUUUACCAAUUGAAAAAGAAAUAGCCUGUGACACAAUUUUGCUUGACUUUUAAAUAUAAUUUAGAAGUCAAUACAUUAGGCUUAUUACUAACUUAAUAUUAAUAUUUUGUACUUUUUUUUUUUUUUUUUUAAUUGUUGGAGAAAAAAAAUCUAAAUCUCUGACCUUAGACUGUCAUCAAGUCGCAGCUUAUUGAUCAUCAUUGUUAAUUUAUUCCACUUUUCGCCUAAGGUUUCUUUUUUAGACCCCCUCCUGUUACUGAUUUUUGUUUUAUUGAGCCCCGCUCAAUCUAAGUUUCAGAAAACCGUUUCAACACUGCACCUUAUUGCAAUUAAUUGUACACCGAGGUUGUCAAAAAAAGGUCCUCAAUGGUAUUUUUGGUCUGCAAAACCUCUUCACAAUGGAAUCAUGAAUCAAGGAUGAAAAAAAAUUAUCUCACAAGUGUUUCUCUAUGAAUUACAACCCACUCAGGGAUGCAUCAUGGCAUAUCUAAUUGAUACAACUUGCGAAUUUCCUUUGUUUAAUAAGAGAUUGCCCAUUUAGACAUUUUAGCAGUCAACUGCCCGGAUGCCCAUCGAUUGUAGUAGCCCCCUUUUUCGGCUGCACUCUCCCCUCUUUGUGCACUGUCUAAUAUGACCAGUUAUCUGCGUUAUUACUAUGACACUAUUUGAAUACCACUGCGGUCAGAAGUGGUUUGUUUCUGAAGGGUUUUGAUGAUGGUGUAAAUACGGUACAUUUAAAUAUGAACACUUAUUCCUUCAGAUUGUUUUAGAAUGUAUUUGUUUUGUAUAUCAUUUUCAAUAUGUAGACUUGAACCUUGGAGACUAAAGACAAUACCCCCUGCGCUGCCCUUUGUCUUUGCAUUCUGCGCCCAUGCAGAUGAUCACACAUCUUAUGCAGAAGAGUUUAAAAUUAAGCCUUUAUAAUGGUUAGUUUUAGGGCCAUUGGCUUCUGUGCAGUCAACAUAGUAUUUAUUUUCAAAUGCAAGCAUAAGUAACUUUCUUAGAGUAUAUGACGUUAUUGUUUCACAUGGGACAUAAUGCAAUGAUUACAAAAAAAAUACAAAAUUGGAGAGAAGGCGUUAUGCCCUAAUAUCAUGUGUAGAGCAACCUAGCCUUACUACAGGAUCUCACUUGCUGUGGCUUACUGAGCUGGCUCCUUGCCUUGUCGAUCUUUGCCUAUGGCUUGAUUUGGACACGCUGCCUGUCUUGUUCAAUGCCUUUUAGCAGCUGUCUACAAGUGGACAAAAUUACAUUAAAAAGAAAUACAUCAUUUUUUUGUUUUGAAGAUUUAACAGAUAUUGUGCCAACAAAUCAAAUGAUCCCCCAAUUAUUAUUUUUCUAUUGUCAUUUUUUUUAUGUGAAGAUGUUACUGCAGAAAUAUACUGUAGACAGAAAUUGUUUCUCUUUUUUUUUUUGUAGUACUGUAUUGUAGACAACUUAAUACUUUAUUUUACAUAAUGUUGUUGUCGGAAAUUGUAAUUACAUCAACAUUUUGAAUUGGUACUUCACAGGCAUUGAUUGACAGCAGCUAUCAUGUUUUAUUAUUUAGCAUGGGAAGAGGGACUGAGAUCCAACCUAGGUGUCAUCAUGUAUCAUAGGAUAACAUAGUAUGCAGGAAAUAUUUGUCUGACAGACCUGAAUAGGGGAAAUGUUUAAACUAACAUGGGCUUUGCCCUUUUCCUGUUUUGAGAUUUAACCAAUACCAAAACUUGGCGAUAACCUGCAAUAUUAAUUAAUGUAGUUGGCACUUAAAAUUGGGUCCACUAGAAUAUCAAAUGUUAAAUAAUUUGUUUCUUAUUGCUAUUUAUACUAAAGAAAAAUAUUAACGCAACAAUUUGAAAGAUUUUACUGAGUUACAGUUCACAAAAGGAAAUUGGAAAAUUGAAAUAAAUUCAUUAGGCCCUAAUCUAUGGAUUUCACAUGACUGGGCAGGGGCGCAGCCAUGGGUGUGACUGGGAGGGCAUAGGCCCACCCACUGGGGAGCCAGGCCCAGACAAUCAGAAUUAGUUUUUCCACAACAAAAGGGCUUUAUUACAGACAGAAAUAAUCAUCAGCUGUCUGGGUGGCUGGUCUCCGACAAUCCCGCAGGUGAAGAAGUUGGAUGUUGAGGUCCUGUUUGGACAUACCGCCAAAUUCUCUAAAACGACAUUGUUGUCCACCAUAGCAACAGCUCUGGUGGACAUUUCUGCAGUCAGCAUGCCAAUAGCACGCUCCCUCAACUUGACAUCUGUGGCAUUGUGCCCAGCAUAAGGUGCACCUGUGUAAUGAUCAUGCUGUUUAGUCAGCUUCUUGAUAUGCCUCACCUGUCCGGUGUAUGGAUUAUAUUGGCAAAGGAGAAAUGCUCACUAACAAGGAUGUUAACAAAUUUGUGCACAAAAUUUGAGAGAAGCAUUUUGUACAUAUGGAACAUUUCUGGGAUCUUUUUUAUUUUCAUGAAACAUGGGAACAACACUUUAUAUGUUGCGUUUAUAUUUUUGUUCAGUAUAGGUAUUCCCCCUCACAAUGCUGGUCAAUAACUUGAAUUAUUAUAAAUAUGAACCCUGACUACCCUCUUACUGCCCUGAACAUGUUCACCACCAAUUCGAUGCAUACCUUUUUAAAGAAAAUAUCUAUGCAAUGAUUUGACUGCAGUAUUCCUUAAAGUACAAAAUGCAACAAAAAAUCAUGACCAACCUUCUACAUCAAUGUCUUGGUCCAAGUAAUUAUGUUAAAUCAAUAUUCAGGUUUGCUAAUGUAAACUUUGAAGGCUCAACUUUCUCAUGUGUGAAACUCCAUAUACGUAACCAUUUUUGCUCAAAGAUCUUUCAGUAUUGAACUUAGCGGUAUGACCAACUUGACAUCCUAUUUUCAUCACCAUAAUCAUCCAUUUUAUGUGAAGGUCCAACUUAUUACAUGAUGUAUCAUGUUUGAGGUGGGGCUGUGAGCCUGGGCAUUGAAAUGUUUGUCUUUUUUCCAUUGCUUUCCAGUGAAUAUUGAAUCAUUAGUUUUUUUUUUUACAUUUACCUGUUUUCCCUCAUGUGAGUUACCUGGUUAAACACUAACUGGAUUUGCUUGGGGGGAAAAUUUGAAUAUGAUUCUGUUGUAAGAAUUAUUUGGGUCAAAUGUACGUUGCAUCUUUUUUAAGUUUUGGGUGAAAAACAAUCAUCUUUCUUGUGUUCUCAUACUGUAUGUGCUAUUUUUACUCAAGUCAUCUCAAUUAACUUUACGUUAAUCUGUAAGGGUGAUACAAAUUUGGACCCGAUUUCUUAGACCAAUUGUUAGAAUUGAAAGUGCUGGUUCUAACUUUGCUAGAAGAUACUGACCCUACUGUUACGCUUGUUUACACUGAGCUCAAAACGCAAUCAUGGUUACAUUAAGACACUGGAGCGAGAAGGGUGGGAGAAGUUAUUUCAAUGCAGGGAUGGGAUAUGCCACUGUACUCCAAAAAGCUGCCCUUUUCGUCCUCAUGUUAGCUAGCAGCAGCCAUUAUGGAAUGGCACAGAUAUCCACUAGUUACCAUAACCACAAAGUCAAAAUUGGCUAUAUUGUAAAACGUCAUGAAAACAAGCGUUCUUAAUUUAAGGGUUAGGCAUAAGAUUAGGUUUAAAAUCACAUGAGAGAAAUAGGUGGGGUUUAUGACUGAAUUCAUGAAAACAAAAAUUAGCUUUUCUAAAUUUAAGGUAGGCAGUGUGAUUAGGUUUAAAAUCACAUUUUGAGAAGGGAAAUGGCAGGGUCUCUGUCUGGCAGCUAGUGAUCAAGGGCACGUCACAUUGAACAAAGAAGCUGAUUGGCUGACACUGCCAUUCCAAAAUGGCUGUGGUGAAUACUGCUAGCUAGCAAGAGCACAAAAAUUAUAGUUUUCAGGGAUGGAUCUGUGUUAAGGUAAAAUUGAGUACAGUGGAAUAUCCCAGAGGUACUUUUCUGACCCAUAUCUCACGCCGGCUCCACGGUGUCCAGGACAGCAGGUAGCCUAGCGGUUAAGGGUGUCGGGCCAGUAACCGAAAGGUCGCUGAAUCAAAUCCCCAAGCCUGCCAGGUGAAAAAUCUGUCUGUGCCCUUGAGCAAGGCACUUAACCCUAUUUGCUAUUGUAAGUCACUCUGGAUAUGAGUGUCUGCUCAAUGACUUAAAUGUAACCAUGGUUCUGACCCCAGUAGAUCUGUGUAAACAAGGGUUGAGUCUUCUGGCAAGUUCAGCCUUUAUGGAAUUUAUUAUACACUUAACCGCUUACCUUUAGGUUAAAUUGUCUGGCGAAUAACGGCUCAAAUGGGGAUUUUUGUCCUUUUUUCUAGCCAAUGGUCAGAUGCUUGGAAUGGUGAGUUCAUAGGUGCAAAACACUGGGAGUUGUUUUGGAGUUUUUGAAAAAGUGCCACUUUGAAGAAAGCACAGUUUGUAUUUUGGAAUUCUGUUCAUUUGAACACUCAAUGGGUAAAACGAGGGGGAAACGUAAUGCUUCCAAAGGAAUGUCUUCAACACCCAAAGAAUGAAGUUGUAAAGGAUUUCUAUUUUUAAAAGAAUGUAUCAUGUGAAAUUGGUUUGCUUAUGCUUGUUUUGUAUAAAGUAGUAUUGUAUAAUAAAGUAAUUACUUUUUGAAUUGAGAGCAAUAUAAUACUAAAUAAAUCUUAUGACAGGUCUCCCAA